AUGGGAGGAAAAUGCAGCCGAGAGGGAGGGAAGAGUGCUUUGGAUUCCACAGGCUUCUCUGCACUCUGUUGCUGUCAGAAGAAGAAUCACGAAGAGAUGCCCUUGGGUUUCUGUGACAGCCAAGCUCCGAGAAGCAAGCUGUACCUCGGGACCCAGGACCCUGCUUACUUAGACAUGGCCUACUUUCCUGACAACGACCUGCACAUGGCCGCCUGCGCAGGGGACUUGCCUUUUGUGCGGCUGUACUUCACUCUGGGUAAAUACGAAGCCAACCACAGAGACAAGGAGAACAGGAAUGCCAUGCACUUCGCCUGCUUCUAUGGACAUCUAGAACUGGUGAGGUAUCUCUGGAGGCGUGGCUGUGAGAUUAAUGUACGUGACAAUCAUAACAUCACACCCCUGAUGAAGGCUGUCCAAAGCUGGGAAGAGGAAAUCGUGUGUUUUCUGCUAGAGCAUCAUGCUAACCCGCACAUUAAAGACAGCGGGGGUAACACUGCCCUUCACUAUGCCGUCUAUGCUGGGAACUCAGCAGCCGCUGCCACGCUGCUGCAGUACGGAGCAGACAUUGAGGAAAGAACGAAAGAUAACCUCACACCAUUAUUGCUUGCUCUCAGGGAAAACAGACUGAAGAUGGCACAAUUUUUAGUAAAGAUGGAAGCAAGUAUACAUGCAGUUGACUCUCAGAGAAGAAAUUCUCUCAUGUAUGCUGUAAGAUGUGAUUCACCAGUUAUGGUCAACCUUCUUCUUCAACAAGGUGUGGACAUGAAUUUGAAAGAUUUGUUUGGAUGGACUGCUUUACGCUAUGCUAUUGAAGGUGAUCGUGAGGUGAGGACAAUCCUUUUGGAGUAUGAGCAUAACCCAAUACAAGGUUUAAGAGAGAGGAAUCAAGACCCUGAGUGGCUAGGUCAAAGCAACCCACUGCAACACCUGCAAGAGUUGUCAGAGACCCUCCUUUCACCCCAGCCUGCUUGCAGCAACAGGAACAGCCAAAAUGGCAGCUCCUGUCAGAACAGUGAUGCCACCUUUGCCAUCUUGCCAUCUUUGGAUGCCACAUGGAAGCUGUCCAAGGUGUCUUCACCUUCUUUCCUGCUUCAGCCUGCUUAUGUCACUGUCCAUGGUGGCAGCUCCUCUUCUCCAGUCUCUGUUGGCAAUUCAUGCUGA